AUGCUACUGGUGACGACAGUGGAUGUUUGCACUGUAGAAGAUCUUGAUGAGCUUGACGAUGAAGAUCUAGAGGUUGAAAAGCUUGAAGACGUGGAGGCAGUGGAUCGGAUUGUGGAAGAUGAAGUUAGGGAGGAGGAAGACGUGGAGGAGGAGAAGGACGUGGAUAAAGAUGACAAAGCAGAGAAACUUCGACUGCUUGAUAUCAACGAAACAGAAGAGUCACCACUGCUUGACGAAGAGGAGGCAGAGCUUGAUGAAUUUUUGGCCGUGGACUCAGAUGUAGACGACGUUGUUCGGACAAGGGAGCUUAAGUCCGAAGCAGUGGAUGACGAGAACGAGGAUAUUUGGGCUGGGGAAGAGAGACUUGAGCUUGAGUUCGGAGAUGCUUGGGCAAUGGAAAACAGACCUAAAGAAGAUGAAUUCGCGAAGGAAGCCACAGCCGUAGAUACCGCGCUGGAUGAUAGGUUGGACGGCAGGGUCGAUGACGGGCUUAGAGAAGAGCCCGAUGUGAAUGAAAUUGUACUAGCCGAACUUGCAAUAGACCUGCUGCUGUUAUUAGGCAUUCCGGACGAUGUCGCCCCUAACGAGGUUACCCCUGACGAGGGGGAGACGGUCGAGGACGCCCCAGAGGAGGAUGGUCCAGCAGCAGAGGGCGCGGAUGAUGACGGCCCAAAGACUGCCCAGCAGAAGACUGCCCAGCAGAAGAUGCUCCUGGAGCAGACGGUCCAGCAGACGACGGUCCAGCAGACGACGGCCCAGCAGACGACGGCCCAGCAGACGACGGCCCAGCAGAGGAAGGCCCAGCAGAGGAAGGCCCAGCAGAGGAAGGCCCAGGAGCAGAUGGCACCGACGAGGACAACCUAG